AUGGCGGAGUACCUGGAGCACAGGUACCAUAUCAUGAAACCAGAUAACCACCAGCAAACAAACAACCCAUAUCCUUUAAGCAUCCGAGAAUAUCAGUAUCCCGGGGGCUAUGUGUCUCACAAGUUUAAGACUUACGAUGGGCAGGGAAAAAAGCGAGAACAUAUCAGCCGUUUCCUCUCGGCCAUGAAUGAUAGAAUCUCCGACGAGAAAUUGUGUUUGAGGGAAUUCCCCAAAUCACUGGCAGGGACAGCCUUUACUUGGUACAAUAACUUAAAGGAAGAAAGCAUAGAUUCUUGGCCCAUUAUGUACUCAAUGUUUAUGGGCAAAUUCUAUUCAGCCAAGCGGAAAGUUACGUCCAUAGAUCUGAGCAGAAGCGGACAAAGGACAGGUGAAGAAAUAGGGACAUAUAUAGCAAGGUUCCGACGGAUGGCACUAGAUUGUCAUAAAGACAUCAGUGAAGAAGCACUCGUAGAAAUAUGUGUACGAGGAAUGAUUCAGUCCAUCAAAGGGAGUCUGAUCAACUUUAGAUUUCAAACCUUCGUCGAGUUGGAGGAGGCUGCUGAAAGAAUCGUUGAUUGCAUAGGAGAGUCACCCACAGGUUUUAGCUGGUCUCAUACUGCAAGUACCACAUCCAUAAUCCCCUACAAUUCUAAUAAUAAAGAGGGAAGCGGAAGCCGACAACAAGGAGGGGACCUCACCCAAAUAAAAAACAGAUGGAUUAGAAGAGAGUCAAGAUCAUCUCCUCCUCUAUUACCAUAUGGAAGAGAACAGACUGUUCGGCUCCUUAACCAAUGGGUAGCCGAGGGUGAGGUUCAGUUGCCACCGACGGUGGCGGAUGUCAAUAAAAUGAACAAGGACGCUGCAAGGUAUUGCCACUAUCAUAAGAGAAUGGGACAUCCGACAAUGGAAUGUCUCGCGAUAAGAAGCAUAUUUGAAAGAAAACGCGAGUCUGGAGGGCUCGAGGCUACAAGACAAAUGAUUGAGCGAGACCCUUUCCCGCGUCACUAA